CAUCAGCCAGCCAAUAGGAGGUGUCGGAAGUUUCUAGGAGCCUGGGAAGGCUUUAUAAGGAUUGGCUGGGCUGGGAAUCUCCCUCUUUCCCUUUGGCAGCAGCAGCUGUGGAACUUGGACUUCUCUGGUCUAGCUGCCCUUCUCUUUAAGGGGCUUUUGGGAAAAUUUUCAGCUGCGUACAAUGGCCACUCUUUCAGUUGAUGAUGAAAUCUCGCUCCAGACAAUGGUCAGACAGCUGCUUCAGAGUGUGAAAGAAAAACUGGCCACUGCACCGUCUGCUGAAUGCGCUGAGGAGAUCUUGCUGCACCUGGAGGAGACGGAUGAGCAUUUUCACAACUAUGAACUGGUGAAGUACCUGAGACAUUACAUCAAGAGCUCUCUAGGAUCCGUAAUAGAAGAUGAGACGGAGAGGUGCACCUUUGCACAAAGUCAAGGAGAGGGAUCGGGCUACGACACGCUCGUACAACGUGUUACCAGGCGGACACGUGAAUCCAAGGAAUACACAGAGAUGAUGCUCUCACUUAAGAAUGUUAUGAUGGCAGUUGUAGAGACAUUGGUCAAUAAAUUUGAAGAGGACCAAGCCAAAAACCGAGAAAUGCAGAAAAGGGCACUACAUGAACAGUCCAGCUGUAGAUACACUGAUAAUUGUUCCGACAGUGAUUCGUCUUUCAAUCAGAGUUACACAUUUAUGAACCAGGAACAACUGCAGCUUAUUGCUGAACAGUUAGAUCCAAGUCAGCCUGAGGAGGUGCGGAAAGAAGCCAUGCAAACCUUAUGCUCUGCUCCUCCUUCUGAUGUUCUGAACUGUGAAUCCUGGAGCGUCCUGCAUAAAAACCUCACUUUAUCACUGGCGGAUCCUGACUCCACAUUUACUGAAAGGAUUCUACGUUUUUAUGCCAAAACAUUUUCUUCAUCACCCCUGAAUAUGGCAAGAGAAGUCUAUACAAGUUUAGCCAAACAUUUGGAAUUGUCAUUUGUUUCUAGAGAAAGCCGCAAAUCAAUAUUAAUAACUGGAAUAGAUAUUAACAACCCUGAAGUAGUGCGUACUUUAAAAAAGAUUCGACUGUUAAAUGACUACCAAAAGGAGGUUCCAUCUUUUUGGAUUCGACAUCCAGAAAAGUACAUGGAAGAGAUUGUAGAGAGCACAUUAUCCCUAUUAACUGUAACUCAGGAUUCAAGUUCUCAAAUGCUAUUGGAACCCGUCUUUUACUUGUCUGUGAUUGAUACAAAGGCUGUGUGGUUCAAGAAAUGGAUGCAUUCCCAUUAUAGCAGAACUGUGGUUUUAAGACUUCUGGAAAAAAAGUACAAAUCAUUGAUUAUUGCAGCUAUUGAGCAGUGUUUCUAUUAUUAUGAAUCAUCACAGUCAGGAGUCGAUGAAAACACUAAAACAACAGCGUCCUCGCAGCCGCAUCCUGGCACUAAACAGAAGACAUUCUACUCCAGAAAGGAAUUACAUUAUUUAUACUUUGUUCAUUCACUUAGCCUGCUCGGAAGAUUGUUGAUAUAUAAGCAUGGCAGGAACCUGUUUCCUAUAAAAUUGAAGAACCGAAAAGAAGCAGUGCCACUGUCUGACUUGGUAGUGCUGUUUACCCAUAUUAUGUUAUAUUGCCCAAACCGACAAAAGAAGGCUGCUGGAGCAUAUGCAGGCAAUUAUGCUCCUGCAAGCUUGGCUAUGGAAGUCCUCAGAAUGCUUUGUGACCGCAAAGAAUGUGCCAGUGAAUGUUUGUACACUGGGGUUAUUAUAGACAGCCUCCUUUCACCAAUACAAAAAUUAUUGAAAGGAAAAAAGGUUCAUGUUAACUGUGAUGAAACCACUCUUACAUUUAUUGCUGAUGUUUUAGCAAGAAUUGCUUCAAAUGAAGCAGGCCUUUCGCUUCUGCUCUAUGGUGAAAAGGAGUACACCAAAAACAGUACCAUGGGUGCCCAUGUGAUCGCCCAGUUUUCCAUGAAACUUCUCAGUGAAGAAAUUACUGCCUUAUCUGAGUCAGACAUGCUGCCUGUAGUGAAAGGUUCCUUCAUAUUCGUGUGUCGCCAAAUGUACCAUACAUGUGAAGGACUUCAAGUGCUGGAACCUUAUCAGUUGCAUGAAUGCAUUGCUGCGGCUUGGAAAAAGACGGUUUUGAUGUCUGAAAGAACCCCAACGCCUGUUGCUGGAUCUGCUUCUCUUUCAUCUGGGAGCCAGGAUUCACAGGGGACGAUGGUGUGGGAGGAAUCUUUACUGGACAGCUUGUUAAACUUUGCUGCUACACCCAGGGGACUUCUGUUUCUUCAACAAACUGGAGCCAUCAAUGAAUGUGUAACUUACAUGUUUGGUCGAUUUACAAAAAAGCUUCAGGUUAGCAGAUGUGAAAAAUUUGGAUACGGAGUUAUGGUGACACAGGUAGCAGGGACAGCCGCUGGUGCAGUUGCCCUGCAGAAGUCAGGCUUUAUCCAGGCUUUUGUCUCUGACUUGUGGUCUGCUCUUGAAUGUGGAAGAGAUGAUGUCAGGGUCACUCACCCAAAACCCACCCCUGUAGAUCCCAUAGACAGGAGCUGUCAAAAGUCCUUUCUAGCAAUGGUGAAUUUGUCUUCAUACCCUGCUGUUUAUGAGCUGCUAGGAAAGCAAGUCUUGCCUUCGAAGAAUGAAUACUCUCUCCGUGAAGUUCCCUCCUGCUUUGUUGAUAUAUUUGACCGGCUUGUUAUUGUGGAUUCAGUUGCUAAAAUUAACUCAUUAUUUAACUAUGAGCAGUCCCACAUUUUUGGAUUGAGAUUGCUGAAUGUGUUAUGCUGUAAUCUAGACACCUUAUUACUUCUUGAGUCACAGUACAAAGUGUGUGAAAUGCUUUUAAAUGCCCAGAAAGAAAAUAUUCCAGAUUCCUCACAAGCUUCAGGAAAUGUAAUUAUCGAUGGCUUAUCUGUGGAGAGAAACCAUAUUUUGGUUCGGAUGAAUGUUAUUGGAGGUCCACAUGAGCGUGUGCUACCUCCCAGAACCUUGCUCCAGGGAAAUGAUCCGUAUCCUUGGCCAAUGUUUUCAUCUUAUCCCAUGCCAAACUUCUACAUACCAGAGAUUUCUGUGCCCGAUGACCCUAAACAAGAACAUGAGCUGGUGAAAUUCCUCUCUUCUGAAAGCACAGAAACAAAAACAAGUUGGCUAGACACUUGUAAGAGAUUAUUCUGCAAGACUAUCAAAACGAAACCAGAAGUGUUGUGGGGAUCUGUGUAUGGUGAGCUGUUGGAAAAAUAUGUGUCCCAUCAAUGUAAAAUACCUGCCAGCUGUAUUUUUGAGUGCUCUGAAUAUAAAGAUACGAACAUCAAGAGUGGAAGUCUCUCUUCAUCUCAGCAGCUUGGUGUAAAGUUGGUUAUCAGGUACGGUAGCCAUUUAAAUCUCCUGGGCAGCGGUGGUGAACAAGAUCUUACACAUCUACUGCUGCAGUGUGAGAAUUUCCUUCAACAACAGCAAGUAGUUGUUACCUCUCCUCUGAGGUGUUUGCACAGAGGCUAUUCUGGUCAUGACUGGUUUGCAUCUUCUAUGUUUCUGAUAAUGUCAGGAGACGGUGAAAAAACAUUAACAUUUCUACAGAAAUUUUCCAGUCUCCUAGUCUCAGCAUAUCUCUGGCUGCCACGGCUUCACAUUUCUAAACACCUGCCAACUGAAAUAGCGCAAGCUGGAAUCCACCCGAUCUAUUUCUGCGCUGCUUAUUACAUUGAGAUGUUGAUGAAGGCAGAAAUGCCACUUGUCUUUUCAGCGUUCCGCAUGUCUGGUUUCACUCCCUCCCAGAUCUGUCAGCACUGGCUAAGCCAAUGUUUCUGGAAUUACCUGGACUGGAGUGAGAUAUGCCACUACUUUGCUGUGUGUAUCCUUCUUGGGGUGGAUUAUCAGGUAUACAUGUGCAUAGCAAUAUUCAGGCACCUACAGCAAGAAAUUCUACAACAUACACAAACCCAGGACCUGCAGGUCUUCCUGAAAGAAGAAGCCAUUCGUGGAUUCCAAGUUGGGGAUUAUCUGGAAUAUAUGGAAAGCUUGGAACAGAAGUACAGGUCUGUGGUACUUAAAGAAAUGAGAAACUUUGCACUUGAUUGAAACAUGAAGACUAAGAAGACCACAUAUGGAAAACAGUGUUUGUGUGAAGCGUCUUUCUAAAAUAAUAAAAUAAGAACAUUUGCAUAUACCUACAUUUAUGUUAAAAGCAAUCAAGCUAAGUAUGUGACAUGAUUAUUAUUAAUAUCUAGAAGGAAAAAAAAUGUUUUUCUCUGCAAAAACAACUUCUAGAUUAAACACAAUAAACUUAAAUGGCACAUACUGUAGGUGAUCAACUGAGUAAUUCCUAUGUUAUCAGCAGGAAUAUUAAAAAUAUUUUGUAGUAUUUUUGUACAGUAUUGAUUUGAUAAUAUUUUUUAAUACAUACUAAAUAAAAUGAAUGAAAACAAUUGUAUGUGUUAUUUCUACAUGAUGGGAAAGUUAUCACAUUAAAAAGCAUGUUCGCUCUGAUGACACAUUAUUCAUGUAUCUAAGUUGGUGUGCUGAUUGUACAUAUAAGGCUGCUUGUGUCUCAACACAACAUCAUGAUAUUAAUAACAAAGGGCUGUAUUAUCCCGCACUACCAGUGCUAAUACUUAGAAAUAUGUGAAAACAGUCGAGUAGGUGACUGCAGGCAACCUUAUUGUGUUCCUGCAAUGUGAAUCAUUAUAUAAACCAAAUAAUUGUUGCUGUGCCUGUACCCUUAAAGUUCAUAAUAGUGAUCAUAAAUAAUAAUACUCCAUUAUUUGUGUAAAUCUGUAGUGAAAUAAAAUCAUUCAAACAUAAUCAUUUUUACACGCUUAAUAUGUGAUCAUCUGUAAACAAACUGAAUAUAUCCAGUGCAAGCAAAUAAAAAAUUGACAUGAAA